AUGGCAAUCCUCACCGGCUACCCGGAGCUUGAGAUUACCGUCGAGGUUGAUGGCCAGCGCGCGCAAGAGUACGAUGCCCCCGCAGAUGAGGUUGAAGCGCGCGCCAAGGAGAUUGACUUUCACUCAAUUACUCAUGUGCCUAUUCAAGAAUCAGGAUCUCCCUUCACCAUCAAAUACAUUGAAUCCAUGCCCGGAAAACCUUUUGUAUUCAAAUUGGAUUCUACCAAAUUCUCUAUUCCAAGUCACGAUGGCCAGAAACACAAGGCCGAAUACCAAUGUUUUCUGGACGGGAUUCCUACUGGCUACUACUCGCUUCCCGGCGGCACUAAGACAACGAGAGAUUCUUCCCUCUCUGGCAACAAUGAGUCGGGCUGGAAACUCCACAGGUUCCAAUUUUCCACGCUCGAGCUAGUGGAAGGAGCAGCUGAGACACAAGGAGAUCGGACAAAGCAAUUUGGCACACUUUCAGUCAAGUUAUGGCAUGCUAUUGACUCAGGUCGAACAUCAGUACUGAAACCUCUUGAUGACCCCGUUUCUGUUCAGUCUGUCUCCGAGACGGCAUUAAAGGGGAAAUCAGUGGAUAGCAAGGUCCAUUUCAACUCUGAACUCAUUUCUGGUCCAAAGAAAGUCCACAGGUUCGAGCAUGUUGAUCCAGAUCAACGACCAUUUGCGAUCUUCGAGUUCCGAUACCGAACAAUGGAGGGCCUUAUGUCCGAGGGCAUCGUUCCGCGCCCUGUCAAGAAUGAGGACGAUCAACUCAUUGAUCUCGAAGAAGCGCACCAGAUCUCCCAGGAGCCCCUUACUGAUAUCAAACCGGACCCGAAGAAUACACGCGGUAUCAAACCGGACCCGGAGAUAAAACGCGGUAUCAAAAGAGAACCCGUAGACUCAACCCAUAUUCCGGUCUGCUACAAGCUACGCCGCUUGGAGGACGGAAAAGUCGAGAUUGACCUGACGGACGAUUGAUACUCACAAGUAUCUUUGGUACCCGGUCGUCGUCAAGGAGUACUUGAAGACGUGAGGUAAUCGCACACAGCACCGGGAAUGUCUGUCUUUUGAUGACGAUGUGAAGCUGUCCAUACAGACGAGCCUAGAAGUACCCGCAAAGCUAGAGGUAGGGAGGACUGGUGUAAUAAGGCAUUUGUGUUUUGAUAUGUGUAGGCAGAGACCCACGCAAGAUAUCUGUUUAAUACCCGUAUCAUGCGCAAAUUCUCUAACAACAUCCAUUAUCUCG